UUUGUCGGAGGGUGUGCAGUAGUAGAGUGUGAUGAAACAGUUUAGAUUUGAACAAAGAAAGGUGUUCAGAAAGAGAUUAGAACUCCAGAGCUAAGGAUUUAAUCCAACAACAUGAAGACAAUUUUUGUACUUUCCUGUCUUCUCUAUGCGAUGCGGACGAUGGAAGCAGUCAUCAAAGCAGAGGGAUUCGAAGGAGGAGAAGUCUCAUUCCAGUGUUCACACAGCUAUGCAAAGACAAAUACCAAAUACCUCUGCAAUAUCCCCUGCAAAAGAAAUGAAGAUGUCCUGCUUGCAGUGAAACCUGUUGGACGAGCAGUGUCAGAGAGGAUAACUCUGGAGGACCGGGGGGACGGGGUCUUAACUGUGACCCUAAGUCGGCUACGGCUGAACGACUCUGGGGAAUACUUUUGUGGUGUGAAAAGGAAGGGUUUUGAUACUUAUAACACUGUACAUCUUACUGUAAAGGAAGGUGUUGCCAGUGAGACAACAACCAUCAAACCUGAUCCUUCCCCUACAUGGACAUAUCUAAAUACCUCCAGUUCAAGUCAGCAAACACUUAAAAUGAACACCAGCUGUCCCACAAGCAUCUCAACAGUGUCAAACUGCACCCAAGGGGGAGAACGGAGCAACAGCACAGGCACUUUGCUGUUUACCACACUUGGGGCUGUCAUCGUGUUCACCUUCUUGGUUCUGGCUACGUGGGUUAGGAAACGCAGAGAAAGUGCAAAACCUCAUCCACCAACAGCUGGCACCAACAGCCCAGAUGGACUGUGAGAAUUAUACGUUUUCUGAGG